AUCAUCUGUGCAGAAUUUGUUUGCCAAGCUCCAAGUUAAGCAAACAGAGUUUUGUAUAGAUGACAUACAACUUGGUCUCACUACUCUUGAAGAAGUCUUCCUGAAUGUUGCGGAAAAAAGCAGCACUAGAGAACCCUCUAAUAGAUGAUGGCAUGAUGAUUUUGACAUUGGAAUCAGGACUUGCAUUGCUGAUAGAAGAUGAUAUUAGGCCAUCAGCACUGGUGGUUAAUGUCUUGGCAAAGCUCUCCCAUAUCAUUUCUGCAUGGGAAAUCAUCCCUAGUCAUGAUAGUAUUGAUGCUGCUUACAAAGAUCCUGAAGUUAGACAAGAGGUCUACGAAAUUGAAGGAGUCAGAUACAAAGAGGAUUUAGUAAUGAAUUCGAGAGGAAUGAAGCUUUUCACGUGUAGAUGGCUGCCUGCGAACCGUGAACCGAAAGCUUUGGUCUUUCUCUGCCAUGGUUACGGCAUGGAGUCCAACAUCUCAAUGAAAGGACCAAAAGGGACUGGAACAAGGCUAGCAAAGGCAGGAUAUGGAGUUUAUGGAAUGGAUUAUGAAGGGCAUGGGAGAUCAUCUGGUCUUCCGGGAUACAUACCUAGCUUCGAAGAUGUUGUUACAGACUGCUCCGACCACUACACAAGAAUCUCCGACAGAAAGGAAAACAUGAAAAAAUCGAGAUUCUUGAUGGGAGAAUCAAUGGGAGGAACAGUGGCGAUUCUAUUGCAUUUGAAGAAGCCCAACUUUUGGGACGGUGCCAUAUUGGUUGCACCCAUGUGCAAGGUGUCAUGCUUGCCUGGUUAGCAUCACACAAAAAUAGAGAGAUCCCAAAUAUUAUCUUUUUUAUGGGUUGUUAG